AUGCCCGAGCUUCCUGUCGCAGCUCCUAAGGAGCUUCGCAUCGACACCGCCGCAAUCCCACUGGUGUCGUCCACCAACACCGACGAUGACCUGCCAGCAGUUGAGGCAGCUCAGCUCUCACCUAAAGUGGACCGAGUCCGUCACCAUCUCAUCCCAGCUCGCACAAACACUUGCGUCCGCGCCCCAUGCCUCAAACGACAGGCUUCCGUCCCCAUCUCCAGCAUCAUCGGCGAUCUGGCCGCCGCUCGUCGCGAAGGAAAUCACAAUCAAGAUCGCGUCGCUUCCAACCCCCUGCCAACUUCCUUCGCCGCUCCUCGCAAUCUCGUCUUGCACCACGCUUCGCGCCACGUCCAUUUCGAUGAAGCUCCGCCGGAAGAAUUCUACGUCCUCUCGGGAGCGUCGUACGACCGACGCCCGAUCAAGUGUACACAGGGAGGAUCCGAAUUCGACAUGAGCCUUCCACCACGCUCCACCUCCUACAACGGAGACGACAGCAACGACGAUGAUGCCUCUUCCACAGACGAUGGCGCUGUCGCCAUGGAGCCUGCCGAAGAACCUGCGCCAGACGUCGGCUUCAUCCGCGAUCCCACGCUCGAGAACUGGGCCUGCAUCAAGAACGGCACCGUCAUUGCCUCGGUCGGCUACCAGCCCCGUCAGCAGCAAUCCGGCCUUAUGGCCAGCGGCAAAUCGCUCCACUUUUCCGCCCUUUCCUCCCUGCAGCACGCCUCUGCGCUCAACGGUGGCGCAAAUGCAGAAGUGCAGCCGGCCCAGCCGCAACCGACAUCGCAAAAGGUGAGCCUGCCCGUACAUGGCUUUCGUUCCUUUGGUGGGCUUCAGAACAGCCUCGCCCCCGAGGUCACUGCAGCCGACACGUCCGCAGAGCAGUCCAUCUCGUCCGAGAACAAAAUUUCCAGCCUUGAGUCCAUUCCACCGGCUGUACGCACCUUUUCGCCCGACGCCACUCCCAUGCCGAGCCCCAGUCUGCACAGAUCCAUUGGCGCCUUCGCCAGCUUGGACUACUUUGUAGACAGCUCCAAGGGGCCCAGUUCUGCGCAUCACGGGGCCAGCAACCUCGAAAAGCUCGUGUCGAACGGCGAUGCAGCUCAACUUGAUGAAGAAGCGCGCGAGUCCAUCGAGAUUCUGCGUGAUGCGCCGAUCUCGAAUUCGACCGCAUCCGGCCAGGACUUUUGUGUGAGAGACGCAAGCCCGAACGGCAACAGCGGUCUCAGAAGCCCGACGCCCGUCCGUCCGCCCGCCGCGGUCGUCGCCAAGGUCUCCGAAGCAGCCGCGCAUUCGACGCCGCGACGCAUCGUUCUGGAACGAAGGACGGCUGAAAGGGACGCCGUGCGCAUCUCAAGCCUCGGUCCACCGUCGCCUGCUCUGAUCAAUGGUGCGGCACCUUCUCCUGGGUGGUCCAGCCUUCUCGGCAUCGCCUCAUCGCCUCUGUCUUCCCGAUGCUCAUCGGUCGAUCCAUGGAGCAGCCUCAGCAGCGAUGGAGAUGGAGACGGAACCGAAUCGCCUUGCAAUGAGACCAGCUGGAUCAGCAGCAACUGCACCAGCCCUGACCUCGGUCCGUUCGACCAGGUCAACGCAGACGCUUUCCACAACAGCGCAGGUCCGCACGCCCCAUCCGGAUCAAAUCCGAGCUGGAUGGAAGCACGCUCCGCAAAGCAGGUCCACGUCGCAUCGGCUCUCCGCAAUGGCGCCGCCAGUCACGGUCACGGAUCCGUCCAGACCUCCGAAAAAGGCGACCGGGAGCUGAUGACACCCAAGACCACUGCAUUCGCGGAAGACGCCAAACUGUCUUCGUCGGUCGAGACCAUCGACACAUCGAGAUGGGAGCACAAGCACUUGUCCGCUGUGUCUUCUACCAACAUUCUCGAUGGGAUUUCGAGCGGUGAGGUGUCGGCCGCGGAAGCAACGACGCCAGAGUCGUCCCGUCGGCCUAGCUUUCACAAGAUUGGCAGUCUCUCUCCCAGACUGCGAACGAGUCGUGGCGGCGAGGAGGAUGCGUGCACUGUUGAGCAAUUCGACGACGACGACUCGCGUGGACUGCGAGUGCGGUCGCUGAGCAGAGACGGACACAGCAAGAAAAAGUCGACCAAGUGCCGGUACUGCCGAUCGCUGCGGCAGCGACUGAAAGCCUCGGGCACCGAGUCUUCUGCGCCGACGUCGUCGGGCGGAUCCGCCCAGAUUACCGACGCGGAAGAGGAGGGCGAAGACAAGAGCAGGCGCGUCACACUGACAGAGGCCGGAGCGUCAUAUCCUGCAACCGGAGGCUCAGCCGAGGUAUCAGAGGUGGAAGAUGAGGACUUGCGCUCGCGCUCGUCUCUCUCGCAAUUGCGGGCCAGCGUUCGCUCUCUGAGCGUAGACGAUUGGUCGUCGAACGCAUCCAGGUCUCGUUCGCGCGACGGUUCGGCCUUGUCGCACCUGUCGAGGGCCUUGGACUCGCAACACGACCGCGAAUCGUCCAACUCGCCCGCGGAGAGCAGCUCCGAGUCUCCGCACCUGUUGGUCGCCGACACGCCGAUGGUGUGCACGUGCGACAAGAAGCGCGAGAAGGAGCGUCUCAAAAAGAAGGUCCGUAAAGAGCGCGAGAUGGAGCGGGAACGCGAUCGCGAGUGGGAACGAGAUCAGGCAAGAGGAAGGCAGAUGAAGCUGUUUGGCGAGAGCUUUGGCGACGCGGAUACAAGCUGCCUUUCUGCACUCGACGGUUUCUGA